CGCACCAUGCUACAUGUGAGAGCUCAACAAGACUUUAUGGUUCUGUUUGAUCGAUGCAGCAUGCUGGUUUUCUACACAGCUGUUGUCUUUGUCCUGAUACACACAUGUAGAGGUCAGUCAGAGGUUAUCGGUCCUCCUCAGACAGUAGUGGCUUUGAUUGGUGAUGACAUCAUUUUGCCGUGUAACCUGGACCCUGUUAUGGAUGCUUUAGACAUGGCUGUGGAGUGGGCGAGACCUGACCUAAACCCCAGAUUUGUCCUUGUGUGGCGUGACAGUGUGGAACUGGAGUCUAAAAAACAUCCGUCCUACACCAACAGAACGUCUCUGUUCACAGAUGAACUGAAGAAUGGAAACAUUUCACUGAAAAUCUCCAAAGUCAAACUGUCUGAUAAGGGAACGUACAGAUGUUUUGUUCCAGAACUGAAAAGACAAACUACAGUUAAGCUUGUUGUUGGUGCUGCCUCUUCACCUGCUGCAGAGAUUAAUAAAUCCAUCAGUGGAGUGGUGUUACAGUGUGAGUCUGCAGGCUGGUAUCCAGAGCCUGAGCUGCUGUGGUUGGACGGUGAGGGAAACCUCCUCUCUGCUGGACCUACAGAGACCCUCAGAGGUCCUGAUGACCUCUAUACUGUCAGCAGCAGAGUGACUGUGGAGAAGAGACACAGCAACAACAUCACCUGCAGAGUCCAACAGAGGAACACCAACCAGAGCAGAGAGACACACAUACAUGUUCCAGAUGACAAUUUUGUGGUCAUCGGUCCUUCCAGUCCUCCCAGUCCUCCCAGUAAUCCAACUAACGACCCAAAUAUCAUUGGUUUGGUCAUGGGUGUUCUUGUGGUGCUCUUUCUGAUUCUUGCUGUUAUCUUUGUUGUGUGGAAGAAGAGACAAGCCAAACUCAAAAACAAGAAGAGCAAGGAGAAAGGAGCUGAAACCGGGAUUGAGGGAGAAAGUGAACCACUAAUGACAGGAAGAGAAGAAGAGAAUGAUGUGGCCAGCAAAAAAGAGCAAAAACAUGAAGAUGAAAGAGAAACUAAAAAAGAUAAGUUUGUUUCAGAAACAGAGCAAAUGAAGGACAUCAAAAGUCCACAAAAUAGUACAAUAAAUACAUCUACUGUUAUUGGUAAAGAGUCUUUGAAUAUCAUAGAACGAGAAAGACAUGACGUGACAGAAAGAGAAGAAGAGGAUGAUGUGGACAGCAGUGGAGAGAAAAACUUUAAAGAGGAAAGAGAAACACAACAAGAUGAUCAUGAGACAGAAACAGAGCAAAGAAAGGACACCGACAGUCCACAAGAAAGGAGAAUAAAUCCAUCUACUGUUAAUGACAAAGAGUCUUUGAUUAAGAUAGAACAAGAAACACAGGACAUGACAGGGAGACAGGAAGAGGGUAACGUGGACAACAGUGGAGAGAAAAAGAUACAAGAAAAAGAAAAGAAAAAGAAACGGAGCAAAGAAGUGGACACCGACAGUUCAAGAACAAAAACAUGUACUGUGACUGAAACAGAUCCUCAGUUUGAAAUGAAACAAGAAACACAUGAAGAAGAGGAGAUGACAGGGAGGGGAAUGAAAGCUGAGGGGGCUGAAAGUGAAAGAGAGAAAAAGAUGGAAACAGAUAAAGAUUGUAUAGAACUUCGUUUAUUACCACUUAGAGAAAAACUCAAUGGGCCGAUAGUGUUAGUAAACAAAGGAAAGACAUUUAAACUUAGUUCUUUUACUAAAUUGAUUGCAGAUAUAACGUCUUUAAAUUCACAUCUGACGCCUGAUCAGGAACCAUGGAGAGAAAAAGAGACACAAGAGCAGCUUGUAGAAAAAAGACAGAUGGAGAGAAAUGUGGACAUGAAAAAUUCAGACACUGAGAAAUAGAGAGCAGAGGAAAACAGUGAUGAAGUAAAUCUAAAUUCUGAGGUUACAGCACAGAAAGAGAGACAGAGAGAAAGACUG